CCACAAGGUGGGUGGCCCUUGCCACUCUGUUAGCUCCCCCCUCCCUCUCCAGCCUGGCUGAGAAUCCCUUACAAAUGGGAGGCUGUCCCAUCUCGCAGGUGUGCUGGAGGAGGGGAAAGGCCGAGAAGGGUGGCUCUGGCUGCCAAGAACCAUUUGAAGUUUGGAAGCUCGGGUAUGACUAGUGAGAACAGACGGCUCAGGCUGAGAGGGUGGAAGGGUUGGGAUGCGGGGAGGCCAGGAGGCUGUGGCUAGUGUGAAGGGAGGGGCUUGAGGCUGAUGAAGGGGUCUGGACUAGAACGGCAUCAGAGGAAUAAAAAUCAAGUGAGGACGCAACAAAUACUCAAAACAAUCGACUUGGUACAAGGGCAAAGAAAAGGGAAUAUUUAGAUGAUUUCAGCAUUCUUGUCAGAAAUCAAAGUCGGAAAGGACCACCACAGCCCACUGCCACACUUUCUUUUUUCCCCCUUUUUUUAUUUGCCAGAGAUUAUGGGCUCAAUUUCAAAACUGGCAAAGCUAUUUAUAAAGGAAGUAACUGGCAGGAGGUUGGAGUUUUUAAGACUGGGGCUUUGGUGAGAGGGUAGGGGAAGGGAUGGGUUUGAGUGUCAGAGCCGUAGGAAUGCACAGCAUUCUCCUGUACCUACGCAGAGGUGGGUAGAGCAGAAGGACGGAGCGCCAAAGACUAGUGGAGACUGUCCAAAGAAACAGAAGAUAGAAAUUCAGCCAGAGUUCAACGUCGGGAGUUGGUCACAUUCUCUUAAGAUCUAAUUUAUUGUCGAUUCUCCUGAAUGAAUAGUCAGAAUGAUUUCUGAUGCUUUGACGGACACUGUCGUACUGAGUCUGUCAUUGUAUGAGUGGCCGCACAGCAUACACCUGCCCGUUGAAAAUUGAACUGCUUCUCUUUUCAACAGCCCAAGGAAGCUGUGCCAUCAGUAAGGUUGUUUUUAAAACCCAUACACAUUUUCUUAUCCUUUGAAAGUAGACAUGCUACCAAAUCAUUGAAAGUAAAUCUCAUUAUAGGCCAGCUUUAUUGUCUUCACCAUUUAAGGAGAUUCCUUGGGUUAUUAUAAAUGAUAAAAUAAAUGUUCAGAGUGUGUCUAAUAAAAUUAGAAAAAAUAACGCCUGUGUAUACAGUGUCUGCUUCUGGACAAAGCAAAACUUUGAGGGCUUCUUUUCUAGCAUAACACAGCUUUUUAACAUCCUUUUAAGAAGGACCUUGGGGUAUUACUCAGGUUAUGUGGAAGAGAAAAGAGAGGAAGGCGUGGUGUCAGACAUUUAGGAGUGCCUCGCCACUCAGAAGGCGUACAUCUUUCCAAGUCUCCUUUAAUAUUACAUCUUCUCUAGAUGGUGCCUUAUUUCAUUUUCCAAUACAAAACCAAAAAAAAAUGAUCACACGAAAUUAAUAUUUUGACUCUGUGUUACUAAAAAGGUACUUACUCUUGGAAGUAAUAGAUAAGUCCACACACUAAUUUAAUUCCGGCAGUCUGCGGUUAUUGGUGUGAAUGGAUUUUUCCCUCCCUCCCUGAACCUUCCAGUGGGCUUGCUGAAGCAGCUGCUCGUACAACAGCUGGGUUUGACUGAGAAGAGCGCUCAGGAAGACUGGCCACAUUUCCCAAGCUACAGGACAGCGUCUUCAGGGGUGCAGACAGACGGUGGGGCCCAGAACUCAGAGAACAGUAAGGCCUAUCCUCCUGUCGAAGGACAGAUGCCCUUUAGAACUGGAACUGGUGACAUUGCAACUUGUCACAGUCCACGGACUUCAACUGAAUCUCCGGCUUCACGGGAUUCAGUGGUACUGGCCUUCCAAGAUAGCCAGGCAAGUACCAUCUUCGUCAUGGACCACAUGCUUAUGACCCCAGAGAUGCCUCCUGCAGAGCCAGAAGGGAGUCUCGAUGAGAGUGGAGAGCACUUUUUUGAUGCCCGUGAAGCACACAGUGAUGAUAAUCCAUCAGAAGGUGAUGGAGCAGUUAAGAAGGAAGAGGAUGUUAAUUUGCGCAUCUCAGGAAACUAUUUGAUUCUGGAUGGCUAUGAAGCGGUGCAGGAGAGCUCCACGGAUGAGGAGGUUGCCUCCUCACUUCCCCCGCCACCCGCGACAGGCAUCCCCUCCAUGGACUCUGCCCCCCUGCAGCAUCACUCGCCCCAGCGUGCCCAUUCUGAUGGGGCAGCUUCACCGUUCACCCCAGAAUUCCUGGUCCAGCAGCGCUGGGGAGCUAUGGAUGAUUCCUGUUUUGAGAUCCAGAGUCCCCCUUCUUGUGCAGACUCACAGAGCCAGAUCAUGGAGUACAUUCGUAAGAUCGAGGCUGACCUUGAACACUUAAAGAAGGUGGAGGAAAGUUACAGCAUGCUUUGCCAAAGGCUGGCUGGAUCAGCCCUCACAGACAAGCACUCAGAUAAAAGUUAGAGCCGCGUGUCCUGGAGGUGACUGAAGGUUGUUGGACUUUGAGCAUCGGCCUCGCAUCACCCAUCCUGGCUCCACCGCGGACGCAGAGAGAGUGUGUGACAGAGGGUCUGCCUGUGAAGCCCCCAGGGGUGGCCGCGUGCCCGGGCGCCCAGAGCGGGACUCGUUCCUCACCGUCCGGCAGCUGCACGGGUCUGUCAGGGAGGGAGCCCUGACUCUCUCACUCUGCUCUCCUCCUAUCGGAAAUUCAUUUUGAUUCAGAACAAAAACCAAAUGUAUAGAGCUUUGGGUGUAGGAUAUGAAAUUUUACUUAGACUUAAGAAAAAGAGAAAAUCAGAUGUAUUUAUUUGACUUCAUUCCGUAUUUGAAAGCACAUUUUAAUUUUUAUUUUGCCAUGUUUUGUUUUAAUUGAGUAGUGAGAGUUUUAGCCCUUCGUAUUUAGUACACCUGAGGGUCAGUUGCUCCUGAAGCCAAGAGUUCUGGAUGAGGUAUUAGGAGGCUGGGUGGGGAGGCAGAGAGGAGGAAGUAAGCCGGGGAAGGGAGGAGCAUCCAGCCCUCACGAAACUGUAUUCCAUGCCCUCUGCCACCCGGUAGGCACUGUCUUUGAGGCUCAGUAUGCCCAUGGCUCCUGCGUGCAGAGGACUUGAGCUGUGUGCUACCCAGGUGGGCAGAGAGUUAGGUAGGCUUCCUCCCACCUGAGGCAAGCACCUCUUCUCUGUAGCUGGGACCCACCCCCAAUUAACAGAAAAUCCUCAAUGUACUAAAUAGCAGGCACUUGAAAAUGGGUGUGUUUUCUUCUCUUCUUUUCUAUUGAGGGUAGGGAUUUGGGAGGGAGAGGAAAGCAAAUUUUAUUUUCUUGGCUAUAAAUUUGUUAUUCUUGGUAUUGUUUCAUUUUUAUAAUUAUACAUUAGACUUGGGCACUUGUGUAAAAUUACCCCUGCGGACGGAGCAGGAAGGAAAAACAAACAAAUGGAGACGCUUCAGAUGGUGGCAGGGGUGGGGGUGUGGAGGAAGGGCGGGAGCGGGGGCAAGAGUCUGGGAAGGUUAGCUGACUGAAUCACUACUGAGUUGAACCAUGGCUGCCGUUAGCCACGGGUACUGCUGAAUUUAAGGCCAGUAACAUUUUCGUACCUGGAGGUUUGACUCUAAUAUUAAGUUUGCACUGAUGGUGCCAAAGGGCUCUUUGAGUUAAGAGGAGAGCCACGAGCGGGGUGGUGAGGAUGUGGUGGAGAAGGCAGGGCUGCUCAGACCAGCUCCAGAACCGCGUCCUCUGACUUCACUGCCGGAGCUUUCUCCACACUGGUGCAUGACUGACCUUCACCAUUGCAGACCAGAGCAUACACUGGAAACUGUGGGCAAGGGGUUGCUGACUGCCUGCUCUCAAAUGAAUCAUAGUACCAGCAGCACCCUGCAGAGGGUCAAUGUUGCAGAAUCGUGACUCGAGAACUCCUUCGGUUAUAUUGGCUUUCUGUGCUUUUCUUUGUGCAUCGGGUAUGUAUGUUUCGGAGUAUUUUUGCCAACUAGCGCUAAAUCAUUUGUCAAAUCUUCAAAUUCUGUUAAUAUGCAGACCAUUCCUCCACCGCUCCUGUCUUUCGGUAGCGCCCUCUGAACCUUGUGGGGAAUCGGGAUGUCAUUUUGCUCUUCCCCUGCACUCUCAUGGCAAGUGAUGAGGCUUCCCUCCCUACUUCCAUAAACACCACCACAGCUUAACCAGCUCAUCCGUGUCCGCAUUCCCGUUUCCUGCCUUUUCAAACCCGAUCUAGGUUUUUAAGUAGCCCAACUCGGAUCGUUGGAUCUCAUAUCUAAAUUAGAAUGCUAUUUGGAGUUGUAGACCAAGUAUCAAUUAAACCAGAAUGGGAGUAAAAAUUUUGGAAGCAGAAGCUAGUAAGUGAAGCUUGGGGCUUGAGCUUUCUGCAGCUCUUAAGAGAAGCAGGUAGAAACGGAAUGGUUACGUGCGCCUGGAAACAGGUCAUCACUCCCGGCUCCGCAGCCACAUGACACUGGUGUCCUCGGCUGGCAUUUAAUCAGGAGAAAGGUAAAUAAAAAACAGAACUUUCACCUUAAGUUCAGAUAGUCUAGGGGUAGUCACGGGAUUCUCUAGCAUGCAUUUAAGAAUUAGGUUUCUGUUCUAGCUCAGCCAGAUCUUGUCCUUAACAACGAUUUGCUUUUCUUUUCCUGCAGUUUAACCUCUCCUUAGAACCGGGCUAACUGGAAAAAUACUUUGACCAUAGCUCUAGUACUUCCAAAUAAAUUCGUAUCUAGAUUUUUAAAUGAAGCCCCACAACGAAGUCUUAAGUCUGAAAAGAUUCCACAAUUUUGAGUGUUCUUUUUAUCUUAACCAGCCUAACUGCUCCCCUCCUCCUUCCUUCUCAGCCUCGCCUCCCACACCCUCCUUUUCUUUGGGCCUUUAUAAUCACAUCCACUUUACUUUGAUACCGUAUCUGCCCUUCAGGAUGAUGGAAUUAGAUAUUCAUCCUGUCUUUGAGUGACAGUGGUCACCAUCAAAGCUGUUUUCUCAAAGUUACUUGACUAAAAGCUGGAUCCAGUGGUGGUGAACAAAACAACCUCCCCAGAGCAGGAGAGCUGGAUUUUAGCCAUUGAAGUGACCUGCUGUGACCCUGGGCUCUGUUCUGUGGGCCUAAUGGGUCCUUUGCUAUUAAGUGGCAAAUUACACUUGGAGUGUCUCCUUCCUUUUCAGAGAACAGAGUUAAUCAAGGCAAAUCAGCAAGCCCCCAAAGUGCUAUAAUUUAAAAUCAUGAUUACAGCCCUAGAAGCCAUAUAUUUUGCAUACUUUAAAAUCAGCUAACUUGGACUGCCUGAGUUGUCUUGGCUUUUAGAACCUAAACUGUAACUAUUUAUUAUGUUUUACCGUAAGAAGGUAUAUUUCAUUAGCUUUUUGGCUUCCCGUUCCCCAAAACAACUUCUAACCACUGUUAGAAAGGAUGUGCCUCUUUAUCUUUUUUUUUUUUUUUUAAGAUUUUAUUUUUAAGUAACCUCUACACCCAACGUGGGGCUCAAACCCACAACCCCAAGAUCAGGAGUCACAUGCUCUACUGACAGAGCCAGCUAGGCACCCCAGUGAUGUGUCUCAUUAAAAACAGUUUUUUAUUUGUUUUUGGAGGAGAGAGGGGGAACCUAAUGUGAUUAAAGGAGAAAAGCUUUUUUUUUUUCUUUUUAGAAGCUAAAGAAAAUAAUUAUGCUUCCUGUGAGUUGUCUUUUACUUGCAUACUUUUUUGUGUGGUGUUGGUAAAUUUGGUAUAUUACAUGGAGCUUCUAUAUUUCAAACUGGAAACUGUCUUCUCUGAAGGUGGUAUAUGAUGUUAUUUUGAGCUACUAGAGCAUUGGUCAGUAUUUCCUUCCCUGUAUGUCACAGAGGGUAUCACUGAGAAGUGUGUACAGAGGACCUCAAAAUAGAAAAUUUGGCAGGACCUCCUGGUCCUCUUUCUGCUGACUAGUUUUUUCCCCUCUACCAUUAUUAGAGUUUUUGUUUUGCAAAUCCUGUUUUCUUCUGACUGUCCCACCCCUUUUCCGAGAUCUGCAAAAUUAUUCUUUCUUCAAGAAGAGUUUCUUUUGCCUCGUUCCUUAUGCCUUCCCCACUGGUACUGAUGGUUUUGAUAAUAAAUUGGUAGAGAAAAAAAAAUGUACCUCGUAGAAGGAAGCCCUGUCUGCCAUUUCCAGGUGCCAAUGGCUAAGAUGUACUGCAAAAGUGAUAACUGUAAUGUGCACACUAUUGGUUAUUUUUAAUAAGCCUCUUCCUACUAGAGCAUUUUAUUUUCCUUGUUCACCAUACAAUCAUGUACUCUUUAACAGAAAUUACUUUUAAAAAAAUCUGGAACUAUCUUUAAAAAAAACUUUAUUAAUAAUCAUGUAUUUUUACUGAUCACAUUUUGAAAUGCCUAAAAGACUUUAUUGUUCUAAUUAUCCAGAUGUACCUUUGUAAAAUAGCUCUUUUAUGAAUUAGCUGAUAAGGCUGUAUGUUUCUGGAACAAAAUAUUGGUCAUCUAAAAACUUUCUGUUUUCUGGGGUCUGGGAAAAUAGAAAAUGAGAGUUCAAAUAUUAAAUAUGCUUAAAGGAA